GCGCCGAUCGCGUGGACCUGACCAUGGCUCUGUCCAGGGGUUUGAGAUGCUGUCAGAGGGUUUUCUCGUGGAUCCCGGUGCUCAUCAUCACGUCCGUGGUCCUGUGGUCGUACUACGCCUACGUCUUUGAGUUAUGUUUGUUCACUAUUUCUAACACAUUCGAAAAAGUGGCCUAUCUUCUAGUUUUCCACAUUUGUUUCGUGAUGUUCUCCUGGACUUACUGGAAGUCCAUCUUCACGCCUCCCGCUUCCCCGUGUAAAAAGUUUCAGCUCUCGUACUCGGACAAAGAAAGGUACGAGCUGGAGGAGAGGCCGGACGCGCAGAAACAGAUCCUCGUCGACAUCGCAAAGAAGCUGCCCAUUUCCACCCGGGCGCAAUCUGGAGCUAUCAGGUUCUGUGACCGCUGCCAGGUGCUGAAGCCCGACCGAUGUCACCACUGCUCUGUUUGUGAAACUUGUGUUCUGAAGAUGGACCAUCACUGUCCCUGGGUCAACAACUGUGUGGGAUUUUCCAACUACAAGUUUUUCCUGCUGUUCUUGUCGUACUCGAUGUUUUACUGUGUGUUUAUCGCCGCCACAGUGUUUCAGUAUUUCCUCAGAUUCUGGGAGGGCGCUCUUCCUAACGGUCCUGCUAAGUUCCACGUGUUGUUCCUGAUGUUUGUGUCGGUCAUGUUCUUCGUCAGCCUCCUGUUUCUCUUUGGUUAUCACUGUUGGCUCGUGGUAAAAAAUCGAUCCACUUUAGAGGCUUUUUCUGCUCCAGUUUUUGUCAAUGGACCCGACAAAAACGGGUUUAAUGUUGGAAUGAGGAGAAACCUGCAGCAGGUGUUUGGAGAAGAUCGUAGACUGUGGCUGAUCCCCGUCUUCACCGGUGAAGGAAACGGUCACUUCUUCCCCCUGAAGAAUCACAGCGAGUCCCAGAAUCCUCUGCUGUCGACGGAGAUGUGGGAGGAGUCAGACGACGGCUCUGAGGAAGGAAGUUUUGUGGGAGAUCGCGACCCGUCCGUCACGAUUGAGAUGGAGGAGUAGACAUUUAAAACAAGAACUAUUUUAAAGAGCGUCUGAACCUGUUCGGUCUCGAUUUAUUCCAGUUAAAUUUGAAUGAAAUCAUGAAGGGGCCAAACCUGCGGAUCGGGACACGAGGGGCGUCUUAGUUUAGUCAUAAAUUUGAAAUAUGCAGUUUAUAAUCUCAGCGCGGAGGUCGUGUUCUCGUCUGUUUCUCUUUCGUGUCAUCUUUGCUCAGAUGACCUGUCGUUAAAGGAGGCGUGGUCUGUUUUUUGACACUGAGGUGUUGAGUUAGCGCCGAGCGUGUACAGUGUUUCUCCUAUAACUUGACCUGUACCUGAGCGUGGAAACGGAAACACCUCCGCACGGAACAACCUCGUUUAAAAGUGUCGUUUUUUGUUUUGUAUUUAUUUCUCCACUGUUUUUAUUUUAAAGGAAACGUUUAAACUUGACGAUUUCUGCUGAAUUCUCCACAAAUGGACCCAAAGAAUGUAUCUAAAACAGAGUGAAGUACUGUUCAAAGUAUCUGCAUAUCUGAACAUGUCACGUAUCGUUUGCUACGUUUUAUCAAGUUAAUGUGUCGAUUGAGAACGUCUGGACGUCCACGACGAGGCAGAAGUCUGGACACAUUUUCUCAUUCAGUGUUUUUUUUUUAUACGACUUUUUUACAUUUUAUACAAGAGAAAAGACAUGAAGUGAGAUUUAUGGAACUAAGCAGCAAAGAAAAACACUAAAUAUGUUCUUUUUUACAUUUUAUUUUCAAAUUCUUUGCUUUGUCAGAAAAUAUUUAGUAGCUUCUCUCCUUCUAUUCUUUUUCUCUUCUCUGAUCCUCUUCUUCUCGUCUUCUCUUCUUAUCCUCUUCUCCUAUUCUUCUCCUCCCCCUCUCCUCCUCUUCUUUCUUCCUCUUCUCUUGUCUCCCUCCUCUUCUUCUCCUACUCUUCUUUUUCUUCUCUUCUCUUUUGUCUUGUCUCCUCUCCUCUUCCUCUCCACCUCCUCUUCUCCUCCUCUCCUCUCUUCCUCACCCUCUUUUUCUUCUCUUCCUCCUCUUCUUCUCUUCUCCUCCUCCCCAUUUUAUUUUCAAAUCCUUUGCUUUGUCAGAAAAUAUUUAGUAGCUUCUCUCCUUCUCUUCUCUGAUCCUCUUCCUCUCGUCUUCUCUUCUUAUCCUCUUCUCCUAUUCUCUUCUCCUCCCCCUCUCCUCUUCUUUCUUCCUCUUCUCUUGUCUCCCUCCUCUUCUCUCCUCUUCUCCUACUCUUCUCUUUUGUCUGGUCUCCUCUUCCUCUCCACCUCCUCCUCUCUUCCUCACCCCCUCUUUUUCUUCUCUUCCUCUUCUCUACUCAUCUCCUCCCCCUCUCCUCCUCCCCAUUUCAUUUUCAAAUCCUUUGCUUUUUCGUAGAAUAUUUCGUAGCUUUAUUUAAAGUUUUUCUUCACUGUAUAAUUCCACAUAUCUGCUUCUUCCGUUUGCAUAAAAUGUAAAAAAAGGAGUAAAAACAGAGAAUUCCGUGGGUGCGUCCGGACUUUUCCCUUUUCCUGUAAAUCCCGUUCACAUUCCCAGACUCAUUAACAUUUGUGUUUGUGUAUUUUUACGUUUGAGGGUUGAUUAAAUAUGCAGGUACGUGUAAAUACUGUAGAUGAAGUGACUGAUCCUCAUCCGCUGGUUGGUAGAGAUCAGAACUCUGCAAUAUGUUUUUUACUUUGUUUGUAUGACUUUUUUAAACGCUACCGAUCACAUCUUCUCGUUCACGCGGCGUAAACCCGAGUGUGUGUUUGUACAAAGUGUCGGGUCUUUGUCUGGACGGUGUUUCCACGUCACGUUUUUGUGCUUUGUUCUGUAAAAACCUUUGUGUGUCGCGCCAAGUUAAUGCUGCUUAUAAACGGAAAUAUAGACGGCGGCGUUUUGAUUACUGCUGUGCGCUCGUAAAAGGAGGGACGGCGCUGCUGGAAAAUGAAAAAACACUAAGGUUAAAGUGUAUGUUUUGUUUCUAUUGUUUUUAAAUGUGGAACUUUUUUUUUUUAGGUUUACGGAUUCACUGUAUCACCCGGUGCUGGCGGUGUUUGUACAUCUUAAAGGUCCUAAAUUACACAAAAAAUGACUCUUAUGAGGUUUAAAUCAUGUUCUAAUGUUGUUAUCUGCUCAAAAACAGACCUGGAGUUGUUUCGUUUCAUUCGCACGCGCUCUGUUCCACUUUGUGAUGUCAUGAAGUGGCAGUUUUCACGUCAACAGCUCCUUUUACCUUUAGUUCAGUCGAGAUAAGUGGCAAUUCCAGGGCUGAAAAUAACCACACGAUUCUAGAAAUGAAGGCGUGUGGAGUUUAAAAAUGCACCGGAGCACUUCCUGUAUCGCCACAUGAUGACAUCACAAGGUGGAACGGAGGGUUUUCAGUUUGAGAGAAGAAGAACCCAACCUAAAUUUGCAGGUUUUAGGUGUUAAAAAUGCGUGAAUGAAACAAAACACAACUCCAGAUCUGUUUGUGACGAGGAAACGACAUUAAAACAGAUCAGAAAAUGGUGUAAUGUGGGCCCUUUAAGGUAAUGUGGGCCCUUUAAAGUAAUAUGGGCCGUUUUAAAUGUUAAAUUGAAGGUCUCACCGGCCUUGAGGAAACACUCGUGAUCAUAUAUAAUGUAUCUAUUGUCCUGUUAAAUCCUUUCAUUCUGUAAAAAAAAAACUAUGCCAUCAUGCCUCAGUAAAUCAAAUACAACAAAACUUC